GUAAACAAACACUCAAAAACAACACCCUCAACUCCACGCUUGCUUGUCAAAACCCCUAAAACCCCACCCUUUUAUUUCUUCUCCUCUCUCUCACUGCUUCAACGCUGAAGAAGUUCACUCCGCUCCUUCUCUCCUUCCUCCUGUAAAAAUCCCUAAUUGCUCCAACCGAUUGGAUGUUAUGGACGUGGACAACACCGGAGGUCCUCCCAACAGAGAGCUCUACGCUCUACUGCACCUAUCGCCGGACGCUUCCGAUGAGGAAAUCAAGAAAGCUUAUCGACAAUGGGCUCAAGUUUAUCAUCCUGACAAGUACCAAGAUCCUCAUAUGAAGGAAACUGCUACAGAGAACUUCCAGAGGAUACGGGAAGCGUAUGAAGUAUUGUCGGAUGAGAACAAAAGACAGAUAUAUGAUAUAUAUGGUAUGGAAGGGUUAAAUUCUGGUUUAGAACUUGGUCCGAGGUUGCAUAGAGCUGAAGAGAUUAAGGAAGAGCUAGAGAGGUUAAGGAGGAUGAAGGAGCAAGAAAAGUCUUUGGCACAUUUUCGUCCUUCUGGUACAAUACUGGCUACUUUGUCCCUGCCACAGUUUCUAGGUGGAGAUGGCAUCAUGACUGGAAUGGCUAUGGCUAGUCAAGUUCAGUCUCAGUUAUCAAAACACAAUGCUCUUGCAAUUAGUGGAAAUUUGCAAGUAGAAGGGAGUACUGGUGGUGGGGCUGCCUCAGCUGUGUUUAAACAUAAUAUUUCUUCGGUUUCAUCCAUAGAGUUUAUAGCUUCAGCUGGCUUAAGGGGGCUCAUUGGGAUACAAACAACACGUCACAUAUCAUCAUACUCAACCGCAACAAUGGCCAUUGUGAAGUCUUUGCAUGAUGGUUCGAUCAAUCUUUCCAAUACCUGGACCCGCCAACUCUCUGAUACAGCAAGUGGAAAUAUACAGCUUUUGGUCGGUCCACAGUCAUCUAUAGCAGUUGGAUGGCAAAAGAAAGACCCGAAAAACUCUGCUGCUGGUGAGCUGAAGAUUGGUACAAGUUCUUUUAUGGCAUCAGCUCAAUAUACACGUCAGUUGUCCUCAAAAUCUCAUGGCCGAAUUGCAGGCAAAUUUGGAAGCACUGCUCUUGAAGUUGAACUUGGUGCUGGGAGGAAAGUUUCUGAGUUCAGCACUAUCCGCAUGCUGUAUACAAUAGGGAUUCAGGGUAUCUUUUGGAAGUUCGAGUUGCGCCGUGGGGGGCAAAAGUUAAUCAUUCCUAUAUUGCUUUCUAGGCAGUUGACCCCCAUGUUAGUAACAGGAGCUUUUGUAGUUCCAGCCUCAUUCUACUUAUUACUCAAGAAAUUUGUUUUGAAGCCUUAUCUCCUUAGGAGGGAAAAGCAGAAAUCUCUAGAAAAUAUGGAAAGAACUUCUACCCAGGUUCAACAAAAAAGGGCUAAAGCUGAGAAAGCUCAGCAGUUGUUACAACUAGUAGCAAACCGGAAAAGAAGCAAGCAAGUGGAAGCUGAUGGGGUGGUUAUUACGAGAGCUCUUUAUGGUAGUAAUAAAGCUCUGAAGAAAGUAGAUGAGCUGAGAGAAAUUAAUGAUGAACUUGCUUCACAAAUCUGGGACGUUACUUUACCUCUCAACUUCUAUGUUAAUGAUUCUGGGCAACUUAAGCUUCAUGGAGGUGUGAAGAAAUCAGGCAUUAUGGGCUUCUAUGAUCCCUGUCCAGGAGAAGCUAACCAGUUGCUUGUGGAAUACACUUACCAUGGCGAGAAAUACAAGGUGAUGGUGGAUGAUUAUGAGGAACUAGUUAUACCCCAGGAAGGUCACAGGAUCUGGAAUUAACAAUGAUCCUGGUUGCCAAUUUUGUAUGGUUAAUAGUUGAUAUGCCUUGGAUUUCUUCUUGUAUUUUUUGGGUCCAAGAGGUACAUUAGUUACAUCACAUUUUUCAAUCAUACUAAAUACUUUCGUGACUCGUCCAUGGAAUGAACUAACCUAAUAAGGACAUUGAGGAAAUGAAUUCUUUCCUUUUUAAAGUGUAAUUGUAUUAAAUAAUAAAGACUAAUCUCUUCU